AUGCCUGGUUUUCGUCGACGCAAAGAAAAAUCUCAGACUUCGGCUCUGGAUGCUUCAUGGAUUCUUCCAUCGGAUGAAGAGAAGCGGAGCGAUGCAGUUACAAAAACAUCAAACGAUACAAGUGAUGAAACUUAUGCCACAUCCACCGUCAAGAUCACCAGGAGUGAGCAGCUGAUUCCGAUUAUCAACUCAACGGAUUCCAGCAACUUUCAAGAGCACCAGGAAGUUACGACUGAUGUAGGCAACGAGGCUUCCCAAGGGCAAGCGAAAGUCCCGCAUAUAUCGCAUCAGCACAUUGCGACACAGUACAAUCCAACAAGGAACAGGAUCAAGCCGCGCUACGCGAAAGAACAUUCCUCUAUGUGGCUGGACGAAAGUCCAGAAUCGAGUUUUUCAGCAGGUAACCGACAAAGUAACUUAAGUGAAGACCCCACGAAAGAGGAAGAGCCGCAGGCAGACACAACCCAGUCCGUCACAGCAUUUCACCACGGGUAUCCCUUUUCCAUCUUUCGCAUAGACAAAACGCCAACCGCGAGCCCGGGCAAUGCUGCGCCCCCGGUGCCUCCCUGGCGCUAUUUGUCGUCGAGCUACUCCCCCAGAAAUGGUUCCGUGUGA